AUGGCGGCAGCCUCUAGCAGUGGUGACGGCCAGGAGGGCGUCGGCCACAACGUCGCCGACUCACACAACUCGCUUGGUGCGGCACGGCUUGCUCCUCACCAGACGAGCCGACUCGGUCACCGGUGGUCUGAUGCUGCUCGGCAAGACGGAGUCGGGGGAAAAUCCCAUUCGCUGGAAUUGCCGCUGCCAGACGACGACAACUCGCUGGGAGGCAAGGUGGACCGGUCUGCUGGCCAUGGUCAGCACGACGGGAGGAGCCUGCUGUCCGGCGCGGGCGAUGGGGCACUCUCGACGUCGGCCUUGGCGACACAUGAUGGCGGACAGAUGCAUGGCGGACGGAACGCGAGUCAGGGCCAGGACGAGAGCGGGAGGAGGAGGAGAGAGCUCUCGCCGGUGGUUCCGGCUCCGGUGCGGACCCAUGACGAAGCGCUCUCUGUCGUCGACGCUGACGAGGUCGACGCCAUCCUGGCCUCCAUCCGGGCCAAUCGCCGCCGGCGCAAGGAGGAGCACGACACGCUCUAUGCGCGGCUGGAGAAGCACAAAGAGGCGCUGAAGCGGCAGCUGGCCGAGGCCCACGCCGCCGCCACCGACUUUCCGCCGCUCGCAGACUCGGCGUCGUUUGCAGAGCUGGCACCGGCUGCCACGCCACCGCGGUCCACGGGCCUUCCCGAGCCUCGUGCCGGUACUACAGCAACCGAGCCGGAUGCGCCGGCACCGCUUGCCGACACCUCGCGCUUCUCAAUGGCCUCGUUUAGCGAGCUCGGCUCAUCGCGGGUGAGCCAAGACGAGUAUGUGCGCGAGCUGGAGGCCCGCCGCGCCGAGCGCAAGCGCAUCCUGGCCCGCACGCUUCAGGCCGCCAGCGAGCCGGCGCCGGCGCCGGCGCCCGCAACUGCCAUGGCUGCUUCUCUCGGCGGUUUCGUUCUCGCUGUCCCUUCGGGUGACACCCUUGUGAUCUCGGCCAAGGUGCCCAAGGGCAUCCCGCCGCGCAAGAAGAUCAAGCUGUCCAACGUGACGGCGCCGCAGCUCGGCUGGCGCGACCGUGCCGACGAGCCGUUUGCCUGGAAGGCCCGCGAGGCGCUUCGGAGCAAGGCUGUGGGCAAGUCGGUCACGUUCCGCAUCGACAACGACCCGGGCACCGGCCGCGCCUUUGGCGAGGUCUGGCUCGACGGCGAGCGGCUCUCCGAGUUUGUGGUCUCGUCCGGAUACGGCAAGGUCCGCGACGUGCGCAAGGCCGAGGACGAGGACCACGUCAACCUCAAGGCUGCCGAGCAGGCUGCGCAGUCGGCGCGCCGCGGCAUGUGGACGACGGACGAGGCCGCCAAGGCCGCUGCCGUCCGCACUGUCGUCUCGCAGCGUGAGAACGACCACCUGGCACUCUUUGAGCGCAUCGGCGGCAAGCCCGUCGACGCCAUCGUUGAGUCGGUCCGCGACGGCUCCUCGCUCCGCCUCCUCCUCCUCCCGACCUUUGAGUCGGUCACGCUCCUCCUCUGCGGCGUCCGCACCCCGGGCUUCCACAAGGACAAGGAGUCGGGCGAGAUGAAGGCCGACCCGUUUGCCGCCGAGGCUCAGUUCUUUGUCGAGGCCCGCAUGCUCAACCGCCAGCUCCAGGUCGUCCUCGAGGUUCCUGACGAGCGCGGCAACUUUUUCGGCACCGUCCUCCACCCGCGCGGCAACAUCGCCGUCGCCCUCCUCAAGGAGGGCCUCGGCAAGUACGUCGACUGGUCGGCAGCCCACGUCGACUACGCCGGCGACCUCCGUGCUGCCCAGGACGAGGCCCGCGGCAAGCGCCUCCGCCUCUGGGCCAACUGGACCCCGCCCAAGCGCUCCGUCGACGCCACCGCCAACGAGUUCACCGGCCGCGUCAUGGAGGUCAUGUCCGGCGACGCCCUCGUUGUCCUCAACACGGCCACCGGGACCGAGAUGACCAUCUUCCUCGCCUCGGUCCGCGCCCCGCGCUUCCGCCGCUCCGGCAAGUCCGAGCCGUUUGCCUAUGAGGCCCGCGAGACGCUCCGCAAGCUCACUAUUGGUAAGAACGCCAACGUUGUGCUCGAGUAUGUCCGCCAGCCCGCGCCCGACGCCGCCAACCAGAAGCCGCGCACCUUUGCCACCGUCACCGUCAACGGCAAGAACGUCGCCGCCCGCCUCAUCAAGGACGGCCUCGCCACCUGCGUCCGCCAUCGCGACGACGACGAGCGCUCCCACCACUACGACGCCCUCAUGGCCGCUGAGGUCGCCGCCAAGAAGGCCGGCCGUGGCCAGCACUCGACCACCAAGAAGGCCGGCGCCCCACACAUCCGCGGCGAUGCCUCUGGCGACGCCGCCAAGGGCCAGAUCAUCGUCGACUCGCUCAAGGGCCGCGGCUCGGUCGUCGGUGUCGUCGAGCACGUCCUCAACGGCGCCCGCUUCAAGAUCUACCUCCCGUCCGAGGGCGUCGUCGUCCCCUUUGCCCUCGCCCACGUCCGCGCCCCGCGCCACGACUCGCGUGCCGAGAACGGUGGUGAGCCGUUUGGCCUCGAGUCGGCCCUCUUUGCCCGCCGCACCCUCCUCCACCGCGACGUCAAGCUCGAGAUCGAGACCUGCGACAAGCGCGGGACCACCAUCGGUAACCUGUUCAUCAACAAGAAGAACUUUGCCGUCUCGCUCCUCACCGACGGCCUCGCCUACAUCUCGGGCCACCGCUGGGCCGAGCGCUCGCCGUACUACGAGUCGAUGGCCGAGGUCGAGGCCGCCGCCAAGGCUGCCAAGCGCGGCUACUGGGCCACCUACGUCGAGCCCAAGCCCGAGCUCCCGGCCGCCGGCGACGACGACGCAGACGACGCCGCCGCUUCGUCCAAGGGCCCCAAGUACUACGACGUCGUCCUCACCGAGAUCAUCGACGCCUGCAACUUUUACCUUCAGCUCACCGGCAAGGCCGCGGAGACUCUCGAGGCCUUUAUGGCCGACUUUGCCGCCUACCACGCCUCGUACGCUGGCCCGGGCUCCGAGGGCCUGCCCAAGAAGCUCAAGGCCGGCGUCUUUGUCGCCGCUAAGUUCUCACUCGACUCGUGCUGGUACCGCGCCAAGAUUGUCGAGAAGCACGACGACGAGACCGUCACCGUCCUCUUUGUCGACUACGGCAACUCGGAGCGCGUCGCCCUCGCCGACCUCCGCCCCAUCACCGACGCCCAGCUCGAGCUCGCCCCGCAAGCCCACAAGGCCUCCAUGGCCCUCCUCCUCUCCGCCACCGACGAGGACCUCAAGGCCGAGGCCGACGACCGCUUCAAGGGCGCAUUCCUUGGCGCCACCCUCCGCGCCCGCGUCGAGUACAAGGAGCGCGGCUCGUCCGACUGGUUCGUCACCCUCUACCAGGCCGCGCCCGUCGACGCCGACGCCGCUGACGCAGAGCCCGAGUACGUCGACAUUGCCGCCGACAUGCUCCGCUCCGGCCUUGUGCGCGUCAACCGCAAGGCCGCCACCAAGGGCCCAAAGAAGGCCCUCCUUGCCCGCCUCGCUCCCUUUGAGGAGGACGCCCAGGAGGACCGCCUCGGCAUGUGGACCUACGGCAUCAUCGACUACGACGAGGAGGACGCCUAGAGCGAGCCGGCCUGAACCGACUAGCCCCCUCCCCACUCCCCCCGCCCUCCAGCCAUCACCGCCAUGUGUCCAUCAUCAUCAAUAACAACAACGACCCCGCCCCCUA